GUCGUUUCGAAGAAACGCGCAACCAUGCCGCCAAAAAAAGCUGCGGGUGCUGCACCCAAGGCCGCGAAAGCUUCCACCACAACCAAGGCUACCGCUACAAAGAAAGCCACCGUCACAACCACCAAGGGGCGCCCUGCAAAAACCAGCACUGGUGAUAAAAAGACCACCACAGUGAAAUCGACUAGUGCUACAAAAACUGCUCCGACGAAACCGCGCGGAUCGAAGACCGCUAGUACCGUACUCGCUGCACCUACUAAGAAGCGCAAGGCUGUUGCUAGCGAUGAGGAGCUGGCACGUGAACCGAAAAAGGCUCGUGUAAUUCAGCCUCGUGUUAUUAAACCAAAGCCAAAGGUUGUCAUCAACCAAGCACCGACCACUCGACUGAACGUAUAUGUUUGCGGUGAGGGUAGCUCGGGCGAACUCGGUCUUGGGGCCGCAAAAAAUGCCAUUGAUGUGAAGCGGCCGCGCUUGAACCCACAUUUGCCUGCAGACAAGGUGGGUGUUGUGCAGGUUGCAGCGGGUGGCAUGCACUGUGUCGCCCUUACACAUGACAACAAGAUCCUUACUUGGGGCGUCAACGACCAAGGCGCACUCGGGAGAGAUACUGCUUGGGAAGGCGGUUACAAAGAUAUUGACGACAACAAGAGCGAUUCCGAUUCGGAUGACGACGAUAGUGGACUCAAUCCCCACGAGUCGACUCCGACUGCCAUUCCAUGCGAAUCGUUCCCGGACGGCACCGUCUUCGUUGAAGUUGCUGCUGGGGACAGCUCAAGUUUCGCUUUAACCGAUGAAGGCCAGGUCUAUGGCUGGGGAACAUUCAGAAGUAACGAUGGAAUUUUGGGGUUCGACGCCACCAAUAAAGUUCAAUUGACUCCAACUCUCCUCCCAUCCUUGAAAAAGAUCAAACAUCUGGCCUGUGGCGAUAAUCAUGUUCUCGCUUUGAAUGACAAAGGCGCUGUCUUCUCUUGGGGGUCAGGCCAGCAAAACCAAUUGGGUCGUCGUAUCAUUGAACGUAAUAAGCUGAACGGUCUUCAACCGAGGGAAUUUGGUCUGCCAAAGAACAUUGUGCACAUCAGUUGCGGUGCUUUCCAUUCAUUCGCUGUGCAUGCAUCUGGUAAGGUUUAUGCCUGGGGUCUGAACAGCUUCGGGGAAACAGGCAUACGAGAAAGCGCCGGUGACGAUGAAGCUGCUAUUGUGCAUCCCACGGUUGUAGGACCGCUGUCUGAAAAGAAGAUCACUCAACUUUGUGGUGGGGCUCAUCAUUCUCUUGGCAUCACGGAUGACGGGCAGUGCCUUGUAUGGGGUCGGAUAGACGGUUACCAGACCGGCCUGAAGAUUGACACACUACCUGAUAACGUCGUUAUCAAGGACGAGCGUGGACGCCCCAGAAUCCUGAUCGAGCCCACACCAGUCCCUGGGAUAAACGCAAAAUUUGUCGCAGCUGGCUCAGACCAUUCCAUUGUCAUUGACGCUGAAGGCCGUCCCUGGUCUUGGGGCUUCUCUGCCACAUAUCAGACAGGACAGGGUACGCAAGAUGAUAUUGAGGUAGCAACCAUUAUCGAAAACACAGCUGUCCGUGGCAAGCAGUUGAACUGGUCUGGUGCUGGUGGGCAGUUCUCGGUUUUGACGGAGCCUGCAAAUGUCUAAGUAAAUGUAAAAUAACGCAACGCGCAUUUUUGCUAUUUCUCUUUUGAGUCAUCAUGUGCAGCAUGUACCACCAGACUUGUACUAGUCAAUUUUACUAGAUCACCCUUAAUAAUAAUACUUAAGUUUAUAAUAGACAUUGGUUU